UUCAGUGCAACCAGGCAGUCGACAGUCUCUCCCGCAGAGAGGCAUAGAGAGAGAGAAGGAAGGAGAAAAAAAAAGAACUUCGGCAACGACAAGCUGUAGCUUUCCAGCAUGUUCAGCCUUCUGAAAUCUCCGUUUAAACACACUCGCCCAGCAACUGUUUGAUUUUGCUGGUGUGCAGGAUUUUUCCCCCCUUUUCGCCCCCUUGGAAAGAUUCAUCUUUUUUCUUUCCUCCUCCGGCUGAUGUAAAAAGAAAAACGAGCCCCUUGAUCUUGGAAUGAUGUGGACCUCACACGAUACUGUUGGAUUUGUUUUCUUAACCGGAUUUUGCGUUCAAUUCGGAUUUUCUUUUGAAGGUCGGUUCACGGACCUGCCCUCCAACAUGACCGUCAAAGAGGGUCAAAACAUAGAAAUGGCGUGCGCGUUCCAAAGCGGAACCGCCUCCGUGUAUUUGGAGAUCCAGUGGUGGUUCGUGAAAGCGCCGGAGCCGAGUGACAGCGAGGAGGACAUCGAUGCUCAAGAGAUGGAGAUGAUACAAGAGCCCGAUCCUGAUGACGAGGGGACGAAAAUAAGUACAGUGAAAGUCCAGGGCAAUGAUAUCUCACACAAGCUGCAGAUCUCCAGAGUCAGCAAGAAUGAUGAAGGACUAUACGAGUGCCGGGUGACACGAGCUAACUACGGAGAGAUUGUGGAGUACAAGGCCCAAGCCUGGUUGAAGGUCAACGCCACGUCCAGGCCCCAACGACCACUGCCACCUCCUGAGAAGAACUCCCUACGGCACCUGAAAAACAAGAAGCCAAGAAAGUCCAGCUCACCACUGGGGCAGGACAUGAGUUCAGACCAGAGGGUGGUCUCAACUUCCACCUCUCAUACAUCCUCCAAUACAGCUAAACACAACCCUGGCUCAGGUACAAGAAUAUCAUCCAGCUAUGGACUGGCUGUCCUCCUCGUGGCGUGUGGUUUGGUGAGGAAUGCCUUGUUAUAAUUUGAGGAACUGACAUGGUUUGCACCCAGGUCUUUCUCUCUCUCUCUCUCACUCACUCUCUCUCUCUUUCUGUUUGCUCUCAAAGCGAAUGAGAAAAAAAAAUGCCUGUUUUACUCCCUGCCCCUCUCCCCGGCGCUGCCCCCCUCUUACCCCACACACAUCUCUCUACCAUAUUGCGGACAGCACAGUUGCCCCCCCCUCGUGUCCUAGCCACUACUGCUCUUGCACCCAGCACAUUGUUAUUAGCCGAUGUAAACACCAGUCACAUUUAAAGCUGUCGGAUUACCUUUUGUACAGACGUCAUCCUGACACCACCUGAGGUGCAACGCUCCUAUGUGACAACUGGACUCUGUAUCUUGUUGGAUAAAUCUCAUGGAAGAAUGACUUUCUUAUGGUUUCUCUGUUCCAGUUCAUGCGUUCAUUGCUCAAAAGCGAACAAAAAAAGGAGAGUCUAUAUUUGUGUAAUAUAUAUAAUUCUAGAUCUGUAUCUAUAUCUGUUUUAUUUGAAGCACCUAGAAUUACUGUAUGUGCUGUAUACAUAGCUACCACUCACCAUAUUGACCAUGGAACUUCAAUGUGAAUAGGCACUCUUAGCCCUCUCGAAGAGAUAAUUUAUAUUCAAGUAUGUGUUAAUUUAGACUGUUACCAUUAACCAACAGGUUAACGAAAGGUUAAAUUUUCCAAUUCUUCUUUCAGCUGUAUCAGCCACCCAGCUUUCCAUUGUGCAUAAUUUUACAUCUUGUUAGUGAUCCAUCCGGGGAUAUGCAUGCUUAUCAGUCUGAAGGCUUAGAAGAGAGGAUAACACAUUAGUUGACCUACAUGAGUCAAACAUUUGGAGUUCAGUGUUACAACAUUUUGAAUUUAGCUUUAUUUUAAUGUGCUAACUUUGAUGUGAAAAAACUGUCCCUAUGUCA